AUGGCAACCAACGACUCGGGCUUCGUCUCCGUAACCCCAUUGCUUAAACGUCUCUCAACGCUGGAAUCAGCACGCCAAGUACAAGCCUCUGAGAUCGCCGCAGCCGUGGGCCUGAUCUUUGAUAACCGGAUAUCUCCAAUCCAGUUUGCAUUGCUGCUCUGGGCUCUUCACACCACCGGCCAGGAUCAUUCCCCAGAAGUCUUGGCGGCAUGUGCCGCCUCAAUGCGUGGAAUGGCCGCCCAGGUCGACGUCGAGGCGUUGAGACAAGCGGUGUCAAGUAGAUUACUGGCUCAGGGUCACUAUGCGGGCGGCCUGUGUGACAUAGUGGGCACAGGAGGCGACGGCCACGACACCUACAAUGUCUCAACCACUUCCUCCAUCAUCGCCUCAGCAGUCUUGAUGAUGGCUAAGCACGGCAACAACAGCAGUACCUCCUUAUCAGGUUCCGCAGACUUGCUUCAACAUGCUCAGCCCAAGGCCCCAGUAAUUGCAGCCACUACCGCACAAGCCCUACCCGGUAUCUACGGAAAGACGAAUUACGCCUUCCUUUACGCCCGUGAAUGGCACCCAGGCAUGAAGUAUGCCGCGGCCGUCCGCAAAGAAGUCCCCGUCCGCACCAUCUUCAACCUCCUCGGACCCCUUGCAAAUCCCGUCCACGACUCCGGGCUCCUCGAAGCCCGCAUCCUCGGCGUAGCCCGCAAAGAUAUCGGGGCCCAGUACGCCGAAGCUCUGCGUUUGAGCGGCGCAACAAAAGCUCUGGUCGUCUGCGGCGACGAGAAUUUAGAUGAGAUUAGUUGUGCUGGGCCCACGCAUUGCUGGUACGUGCAUGAGACUGGCGGUAUGAUUACGAACGAAGAUGGCGAGAAGGUCAAGGAAGUCCGAAUCACAGAACUUCUCAUGUCGCCAGAAGACUUCGGCCUCCCACGACAUCCACUCAGUGAGGUACAUGGUGGUAAAGGCCCCACGGAAAACGCCCAGAUCUUGAUGAAGAUUCUGCGGAAUGAGUUGCCGGAGGAUGAUCCGGUGCUGCAUUUUGUGCUGCUGAAUACGGCUGCUUUGAUCACUGUGAGUGGGAUUUGUGAAGCGGAGACUAGUUCGAUGGGCGAAGGUGAUGAUGGGGUUGUGGUGAAGGAGAGGGGCUCAGGGGGCUUGAGAUGGAGGGAAGGGUUGCGGAGGGCGAGGUGGUGCAUUGAGAGUGGGGCGGCGCUGAGGCAGUGGGAGGGGUUUGUCGAGGCUACCAAUGCUCUUAGUAGUGCCUGA